UCCGAGAGUAUCUCUUUCGCAAGGGCUCUUUCUAGGGUUUCUGGCUAUGGCGGACUAUCACUUCGUCUACAAGGACCCGCAAGGUCCUAGCACCGAAUGGGACGACAUCCAAAGGAAGCUCGGCAAUCUCCCGCCCAAGCCGCCCGUGGAGAAGCCAGCGCCAUGGCAGCCAGUGCCGGAUCCCGGUAAGAGCAAGCAGUGGAUCGAUUCCAAGAGCGAGGAGGAGCUCCACGAGCUCCAGGACGAUCUGGAUCUCGACGAGGAUUCCAGAUUUCUCGAGGAAUACCGGAAGAAGAGAUUGCUGGAGCUUAGCGAGGUUUCCAAGAGCGCGAAAUUCGGUUCCUUGAUCCACAUCACUGGCUCGGACUUCAUCCGAGAGGUUUCUCGUGCUCCUCCGGACGUGUGGGUCGUCGUGCAUCUCUACAAAGACGGUGUUCCCGAGUGCCAGCUCUUGGGCCAAUGCUUGGAAGAGCUCGCGAAAAAAUAUCCCGCCACGAAGUUCGUGAAGAUCAUCUCCACGGAUUGUAUCAACAACUACCCCGACUUCAACUUACCCACGGUGCUUGUUUACAACAAUACCAACGUGAAGGCGACGCUGGUUGGAUUGCAUCACUUUGGUGGCAAGCGUUGCACCCCCGAAGACGUUGCUUUCACCCUGUGUCAAGUUGGGCCUGUUCUUGGAGAAGGCAGCAGCUCGGAGGCCAUCCAGCAAAAGGUCCGGAGAGACUUUAUCGAGAAAAUUAUUUCUAGACACGAGCAGGACAAGUCAGACUCGGAAGACGAUUGAUUCCAUCGCCACAGAAGGGAAGCUUUUGUCUCCUUUUUCCUUUAUCUUCCUCCUGCUGUUCCAGGAAAGCAAAUCAAUCUCUUUUCAAAGUCA